AUGCGUGAUAGUGGAAUGUCCUCGUCCGCGAGUACCUCUGCAACCAUCGUCAAAAGGACUACAAAUGAUCAAAACACAAGUCAUACACUUCCAACACCGACUUCCAAAGUUGCCUCCGGUUCAAAAUGUCGUUGUUGUCCUUAUGGAUUUCAUAUUGAUUUGGGUUUUGUUUCUUAUGCACAAGAUGUUAGUAAUGGAUUUAUUUCGAGACAAGGUUUGUUGAUUUUUUAUCGGAAUUGUCUUUUGCAAUUUAAUUUUGUUUAAAGGAACUCCUGUUCAUUUUGGAUCAAAUGGAAAUGGAAAUGGAAUUUCAAAUGGGAACGGGAAUCAUCACAAAUCUUUGAAAAAUUUGAACGGAGAUCGUAAUUUGAUGAGUCCCCUUGAUUCGAUUUUCAGUGAUUCACUUGAGAAUAUUAUGAGUGAUUUUGAAGAAGCUUUGGCUCCACAUCGUGGAAAUACACCAUCACAACAAAUAAAUUCAAUUCAAAAUAGAUCGCAAGAUAUUCGGAAAACAAUUCAGAAUGGAUAUAAUUCGGAUUAUACAGCAUAUCGAAGAGAAUCUGCACAAAGUUCACAGAAAAUCAGACCAACAUUUGAUGCAAAACCAUCUCGACCGAAUUUUUUGAAUUAUCCAGGAAGUCGAAGUAAUACUCCAAUUGGAUUGAAUAACAAUAAUAAUAGUGUUGGAUAUGCAACUGCAUUAGCAAAAACUGUAUCAGAAAUUCGUGCAAGAAAUGCUGAAUCUCCAUUUCCAGGACCUGACAGUCGAGUUGCAACACCAAUUGAUUUAGGUUUACAAAACGGAACACAUUCAAAUGGAACAUAUCAAACAAAUGGAUUUAAUCAACAAUAUACACCAAAUUAUCGAAGUACAACACCAUCAAGAAUUCCAUUCAAAAAUAAUCGAGAUGAAGAACUUCCACCAACUCCAACUCCAACAUUCAGAAGAGCUCCUUCACAAGGUUUUUUCAAACUAAAUAAUUCGAUUUCGUUAUUUUUUCUAAUUCUUAAAUUUUUCAGGUGAUAUAAAUCCAUCAUCAUCUUCAUCUGAAUUUACAAGUCUUCGACGUGGUCGUGAAUAUUCUUUGCCUGAUUCUGAACCACGUGUUCGAUUUUUCUCUGCUUCUCCAAAACUUCCGCGAAGACUACAAUUGGCGCCAGUUGAAAUCGAAUCACAUUUUACAUAUUCUCAACAAUCAAAUGGUGAAACUGUUUUGGCAAAAAGUCAAGCAACAUCAACUUCUCCAACAUCAGCAUUCACUCCGGUAAAACCUGUUGUAACAAGAAGUGUUGCUGUAACAACUGGACCAUUACCAGCUCCAAAACCUUGUUCAGAAUGUCCAACAUUGAAAAAAGAAUUGGAAAAUCUGAAGAAACCUGGAACAUCUGUUGAAACAUCAACAGAAAAAAUAAUAAUGGAAGAUAAAUCAGUUGGUGAUACUAUCAAUUUCCAACAUGUUGAAGUUUCAACUGAUCCUCCAAAUCAACUGAUUGAUUUUGGAACAGAUCCAGAACUUAAAGAUCUCAUCGAGGUUGAAGUUCAAACAAAUACAAUCGAAUAUGUUGAUACAGCUUCAAGUCCAAUUAUUUUCGAAACACCAUCAAAUUCUGAAUAUUGUCAAACUGAGAAAAAUCAAUUGGUUAAUUUUGGAAUAAUGACUGAUCCAUCAACAUCUGAAGAAAUUGCGAUUCCUAAAUCUGAAGAAUGUGAGGAAUGUUUGAAGAGAAAAGAUAUUUUCAGUAGAAAUGUUGGAGUUGGAAGUUGUACUGUAUCUGAUAAAAUAUGUUUAAAAUGUGAUGAAAAUGAAACACUUGAAGAAAUUGAUGAAAAUGAAGCACCUGGAUUUAAGGUUUGUUAAUUAAUUGAUUAAAAUUGCCAUUUUUGUUGUUUUUAGGUUGAUCUCGAAGUUGAAAUAAAUCGACAGCGAGAAUUCGAAAUUGCCAAAGCAAAUGCUGUCAAAAAAUUGCUUACCAAUGAACACAAAUCAAAUUUCCAAAGAAAUUCGACAGUUUCGAAAAGUGCGAGAUAUGAAAGAAAGAAAUCAGUGGAUGAUCUUGAUUAUAUAAUUGACAAAAAUAUGAAUACAAGCACAAAUAAUCCAAUUCUUCCAACAACAACUCCUGAAAACACAGAAGCUCUCAAAACAAAAGUUGUUUUGAAAAAAGAAUUGGCACCAGCUCCACCAUCAAAAGUUCCUGAACCAAUUCCAGCUCGAAUUCCAAGACCAAAAAUAAGUAAAUGGGCAACAACAGAAGAAUGUGCUGAAACUCCAGAUGAAGAAGAAGAAGCACAAGAUCGAUUGACACCAUUAAGAAGCGAGUUGAGAUCAUUGGGUAAUCGGUAAGUUCAUAUUUAUUUUAUGACGCAUUUUUUAUAUAACAAUAAGUACACUUCAGAUGGCCACGUAAUAAUCCAACAACUUAUACAGAGACAACAACACACGAGGAUAUUAGGUUGGUAGAAAAACAAAAAAUUAACUUAUUCAAGUUUUAUUGUUUUUACUUUUCAGUGAUUCUGAUGCUGAAUCUGAUUGUUCUGAUGCAACUUUUGAUAUAACCGAUGAUGUUUUCGAUUCUGGUCCAUUUGAAAUUUCCGAAAAAUUACGUGAAGCUCUCGAAAACUAUAAUUCAAAUCUUUUGGAACCUGGAUCAGUUCCAGAGGAUACUGUAGAAUGGUCUGAAAAAUUAGUGCAACAUGAAUGGAUGAAAACAGCAGCAAGAAAAUUAUCGAGAUAUGAACAUGUUGAUAAAUUUGUGGAGGAACUCAAAAAUCUUGGACCAAAAAUAGUGAAUAGUGUUGUAAAUAUUGGAGAUCAAAAUGGUAACAGUGCUCUGCAUUAUGCUGUUUCUCACACUAAUUUUGCUGUCGUUUCUUCAAUUUUAGACUGCGGAGAAGCUGAUUUGAAUUGUGCUAAUAGAGUAAGUGGAUUACUGUAGUUUAUUUGGAAGAAACUGAUUUUUUCAGGCUGGUUAUACUGCGGUUAUGCUAGCUGCUUUGAGUUCAUUGGAAGAUGAAAUGGAAAGAGCAGUUGUUCAAAGACUUUUUGAAAUGGGAGAUGUAAAUGCAAAAGCAACUCAACAUGGGCAAACUGCUUUAAUGCUUGCUGUUUCACACGGAAAAAGAGCAACAACUGAAUUACUUUUAGAAUGCGGUGCUGAUGUAAAUGUUCAAGAUGAAGAAGGUUCGACAGCUUUGAUGUGUGCUGCUGAACAUGGACAUCGGGAACUUGUUAAACUUUUGUUAUCACAACCAAAUAUUGAUGCAAGUCUUACAGAUUGUGUAAGUUGUCUCUUAUUUAUAAAUCGAAUAUAUAUCUCAACCUGGUGCAAUUUUAGGAUAGCUCAACUGCUUUGUCAAUUGCUGUUGAAAAUGGACAUCGAGAUAUUGGAGUACUAAUUUAUGCUCAUUUAAAUUAUUCAAAAUUAGAUAGUUCUGCUCCAACAUCAACAAUCUGA